ACGGGCCGCGACGUUCGGUGACGCAACAAUUGAUACCAGUUGCAGUGCGUGUGUUGGUCGUACGACGCGCUGCCGGCCGACGGCAUCCCUCAUUCUGAUUUUAACCCGCGCUGCGAACGGUGCUGCGCUGCUCACUAUAAAUACACGUGGCCUGUGCUUUCGUCACAUAACCUAUAACCUCAGCACUGACAACUCGAUACACGAGAUUGUCAUCGCAAGCGUGCGGUAGUGGAAUCACAUCUGAAUCUAGUGUACACCACACACGUUUUUUUACACAAAUUACAAAAUGGUCAAUGAAAAUGGCAGCGUUCCGGCUCCACAGGAACUGGAGACAUUCCUGUCUCCAGAGGAGAAGAGCAAAGAAAAAAUUGUCAAGACGUACAACAUGACAAAAGAUGUCGAGUCGGCUGAAUUCGAUCCUUUCACAGAGAAGAAACUGGAGAAUCCCACAUCGAACAUGGAUACCUUAACUCAUUUGCUGAAAGCUUCUCUUGGUACGGGUAUUUUGGCAAUGCCGCUCGCCUUCAAAAAUGCUGGCCUCGUCUUCGGCAUAUUCUUCACAAUUCUCGUCGCAGUCAUUUGCACCCACUGCUCUUACAUUCUUGUGAAAUGCGCUCACGUACUCUAUAAGAAGACCAGAAGAACUACCAUGACCUUCCCAGAAGUGGGUGAAGCUGCUGUAGCCAACGGACCUCAAGCCUUACGAAAAUUUGCAUAUUCAUUUAAAAUAUUUAUACUCGUCAGUCUUUUUCUGACUUACUUCGGAACUUGCUCUGUAUAUACAGUGAUUGUAGCAAAGAACAUACUGCAAGUCGUUGCGUAUUAUAUGAACACCAAAGAAGAGGAUGUUGAAAUUAGAAUAUUCAUCAUUGCACUCCUUUUACCUCUCAUCUUUAUGGCGUGGGUUCGCAAUCUCAAGUACCUCGCUCCGAUAUCUAUGAUUGCUAAUGUGUUCAUGGGCCUCGGUCUUGGAAUAACAUUUUACUACCUCGUCGGAACAGGGGGACUGAAGACUGACAACAUUAAAAACAUGUUGAUCAAACCACCCGGUGAAUGGGCUGAAUUUUUCUCUCUCAGCAUAUUUGCCAUGGAAGCUAUUGGUGUCGUGAUGCCUCUCGAGAACGCCAUGAAAACUCCUCGGUCUAUGCUCGGGAUCUGCGGUGUCCUGAAUAAAGGCAUGUCAGGAGUGACCCUAGUAUAUAUUCUUCUUGGUUUCCUUGGGUACCUCCGCUUCGGUGAAGAGGUCAAAGACUCCAUCACACUUAAUCUUGAUGAAACUCAAAUCCCUGCACAGAUUGUGAAAAUAGCCAUUGCUAUAGCUGUUUACUGCACGUAUGGUCUACAAUUCUUCGUAUGCAUUGAGAUUAUGUGGAAUGCUAUCAAAGAGAAAUUUACCAAACGGCCAGACCUCGCUGAUUACAUCAUGAGAACCAUCAUGGUUACUUUUUGCGUCCUGCUUGCUGUCGCUGUGCCCACCAUCGGACCCUUCAUGGGUGUGAUCGGUGCCUUCUGCUUCUCCAUUCUCGGACUCAUCGCUCCUGCCUUCAUCGAAGUUAUCACUUACUGGGACAUCGGUUUCGGUACAGGGAAGUUCCUCAUCUGGAAGAAUGUCAUAGUUCUUAUCUUCGGGCUAUUCGCGCUUAUUUUCGGUACCAAGGAUGCCGUUAUCAAAAUUGUACAAAUAAACACUGCAAAAUAAUAAUAAUAGAUAGAGAGAUGAUAGGUGGCUGAAAAGCGUACCGACAUAAUAAUAAUAAUAAAAUUUAUUUGUUGAGUGUAUAAUCAUCCACGUAUGUAAGUAACUUUAGUUUGAAACGUCUGUGUUAUAAAUAGGUAAGGUUGGCAGUUAGCUUACAAGGCUUGCUGAGCUACAUGAGUUAAAUUAUAAGGUUUUUAGACCAAUUUUUGCUGUGCUGUAACCUUGCGGGUAGAAUGUUCUUGACGUAAAUGACGGUGCUAUUCGUUGCGUUAGUGUAAUAAAAUAUGUUCACAUUAAUGUCGAGACAUUUACUUUGCGGGGUAGGUGUGAACAGUGAUGUCUGGGUGUUUAGGUUAAUGAAAUUAUCGAUUGCAUUCCCUACCCAGAAUUAUUGUUAUGAGCAUGUUAAAUUAAAAUGAGAAUUAUUUAAAAUUGAUACAUUCAACAUCGUAUUCAGGUAGUAUAGGAUUUAUAUUUUUUAAAUAACUAAAUGAUAAUAUUUUGAAAAGAAAGAAGAGACAGAUCAAUAAAUACUUAGUUGACGGUUUGUAGGUAAGGUUUAUGACAAAUAUAGACUAAGCCAAAUAAUAUUAUAGAUAUGCGAAGCAGUUGUCUAAGAUUACAUUAUUAUUAUAACCACAUAAGUGUAAUAUAUUAAUCACUAUGAAGUAUACAUGCGCAUUUUAAUGUGAAUAAGAGCCGCUCUUUAAAGGCCUAUCAUUCUAUGGAUUUACACUACGCAGGAUUGUGACUGCAUUUAAUAUAGGUAAAUAAAAUAUAACAUGCUUGUGUGUGCAAAUGAUCUUUAAAAACGUAGAAGUGGGAAAAACUUUAUUUAAAAA